AUGAAUUUGAAUAAUGAAAAAUUGGAUAUAAAUGAUAAAGAUUGGCCAAUAUUUGAAAGACAUUUAACGAAAUGGAUAACAGAUAAUUCAAGAAAUUUAACAACAGAAGAAACGAAAUAUUUUAAAAAUGCUACUUUCAUUUCUAUUACUACUGGAAUCUCUUCUGGUUAUAUUACUCAUACCAUUUUUAAUAAAUUAAAUGUAAUACCAAAUAUAAUAUCAAGAAGAUUAAUAUCAAUUUUUACGGGAUUAUAUACAUCAGCAUUUACAUUAAAUAAAUUAAGAAAAAAAAUUUAUCUUAAAUUAUUGGAUAGUAAUGGACCAGCAGGAAAUGCAAGUAGAAAAAUAUUAAAGAGUACAAAAGAAUUAAAUUUAACAAAUGAUAUUAGUCCAAUUUAUUUACCAAAUUAUCAAAAUAAAUUAAAUAAUAGAAAUUUACAAGAUAAUACAUAUACCAAUAGUAAUAAUAAUAGGAAUAGUAGGAGUAUGAGUAGUGAUAGGAGUAAUGAUGGAGUAGUAGGAGAUAAAGGAGAUAAUACUAGUGAUAGGAUUAGAUUAGAUAAUACUAGUGAUAGUAUUAGAUUAGAUGGUACUGGAGAUAGAGAUAGACGAGAUGGAAAUGAUUAUUUUAUAGAAUAUGAAAAUAAAUAUAAAACUUGGGAUGAUAUUAGAAAUCAAUCCAAUUAA